CCUCUAGCUAGAGUGUUGACAUUCCAGCACACAUGAAAAAGUCGAAUAGAACUAGAGUUUAAAUUAUAUAAAUGCGAUUUAAAGUUUAUGAAGUUGCACGUCACUGUAAAAAGCUUUGCCAAACAAUUCAAAUUUAUACAAAAUGCCUUUUAUAUUUUGUGGACCGAAGUUGGCUGCAUGUAUGCUCGUGUUGAGCAUCUGGGGAGUUAUAAUGCUGGCAAUGCUGGGGAUUUUCUUCAGUAUUCAUGCAGCUGUGCUGAUUGAGGAUGUGCCGUUCACAGAGGAAGACAUUCAUGGCCAACAAAGCCCUGAGAGGAUUUAUGCUGUUUACGACAAAGUUGGUUACAACUGCUUCAUCGCUGCAGGAAUCUAUGUGGUGGUUGCCUUAGUGUCUUUCAUUCAGGUUCGCCUGAAUAAACGGAACGAUUAUCUUGUGCAUUAGCACCAUCUAGUGGCUGAGAACAACCUUAUGCACAGUGAAUGUGAUAUCUUUGUAUUUCCACAUCGCUCAAGUUAAUUUUGAUUAGAGGUACCCAUGUUUUGAUAUCUUAUAGGUGUUAAAGAUAAAAUCAGGUGGAAUCAGGACCAAAGUAAAGUGUGCCUUUUCUGAUUGUAAAAUAUUUUACAGUUUAUAUCAUAAACAAAUUCUGUGUGCCUUAUGCAAAGGAUUGGUCUAAUGGAAGAAUGAUUUUUUUGUGUAACUUGUGUGUAACAGCAAUUAUUUGUUGUGCCUUACUGCACUGUUUACAUCUUUACACCUUGUAUACUGUUGCCUUUUUAAUGAAACACGUGCCUCUGUGAUGUCUGGCUGCUGACAGUAUCACAGUUUUGAAUCAGAUUAGGUGUAAAUGUGAGACUUUGUUUGUAUGCAUUUAGGUUUUGUUUAAACAAGGAAAUUAAAUCUUAUAUAAAUUGUUAACAACUGAUCAUAUAAUUUUAACAAUUAACUAAUUACAGAAAUAAAUAUAUUAUUUCCCAGUA